AUUAUUGGUUCGCAACCACAGUGCUGAGAUCUUAAACGGCGUCGACCAUGUUUACAUGAAUGAUUACAAUUGAUUGCAUAAUCGUACAUAUUUCGAUCUAAUCGGUAGUUCGCGGAGCCCCCACGUACCCCGGACAAAAUUGUCUUGAUUUGGAAAUACGUACACUAGUAACUAAAAACGGUUACGUCGAACCGGAAGCUUGUUCGUCGCUUAAUAGUGAGCGUUUCACCUCUCUCGAAAGAAAAUGAAAGCAAAGGCAAUUUCACUCAACGACAAUCAGAUUGCAUGGUGAGUUGUGACCGUCGCCGGAGCUACAUUCCACAUCAUGCCAUUGUUUCGUCCAUUUGUGCCAUACCACAAUUCUGCUGGUCAGACUACAAUCGUCAACUUUGGCGGUAUCUUGACAACUGAGUUUCUCCAGCCGCCACCAGGCCGCUGCUUCCUCUUCCGGCAGACCUACAAGCACAAUGUCGACGGCCCCAUUCCAGAUAAUCUGAGGCGGUUGAUUGACUCACCACUAAGACCUAAAGGUCCCUUAUUGCACUUUCACCAGUUCCAGACCGAGUACUUUCGCGUCGAGUCUGGGGUUAUGGGUAUAGAGCUCAACGGUGAGCAUCGCAAGGUCUAUCCCGAGGAUGGCGAGAUAUCUGUGAAGGCUGGCGGAGUGCAUCGGUUUUAUAUUCAUCCAGACUCUCCUAGCGAGAUGACCGUCUAUCUGAGUGCAUCCGAUAGCGGCAUGGACUACCAGCUUGACCGGAUUUUCUUUGAAAAUUGGUACGGCUACUGGCAUGACGCAUUGCUUCACGAGGGAAAGUUGGAUUUUAUCCAGUAUCUAGCGAUCCAGGACGGCGGCGACGCCUACUCUGUACCGCCUAAGUGGGUUCCUUUUCGCCGAUUCAUAGGAUAUUGGGGAAGCGUGUUUCUCGGCCGGUGGGUUGGAGGUUUGUUAGGUUACAAGCCAUUCUUCAAAGAAUAUACAACAGAUUGGGACUACGCGGUGGCUAAGAUGAAAGGAUCAUGGUUCCAACGUCAUCUAGUACAUGAAUCCUAUGGUGCGGCCAGGAAUUGGGAAGAGCAGGUGGCAUUAGAUCAGGGAAAGCCUUUGAACGCCGAGUACGAGCAAUGGACUACCGACUUGACGGAGUCGUCGGACAGUGCGACCUUGAUAAAGAACAAAGGCAGUAAAGACCACGAACCAACGAAUGGCGUGGGCAGCCUACAUAGUCGCACAUCUACGGCAACGGUUGGAAACUAGGAUAGUAUUAUAUCUUAGUCAAUCGCUCGUGUCUUACGCGACACGACAAAAAUCCCAACUUGAGUUUUACGGAUCGUUUGACGGUGAAUGAUUAUAGUAAUGUC